CAGUGAGUGCUCCUCUGAAUGUCUCAACUCGUUUCCUUCCUCCACCUCACAGCGGCUGCCUGACUCAGGAGAAGAUCGUCGCCGGCUGUGCUAAACAUUUUGUCGUCAUCGCCGACUACAGGAAGAACUCCAAGGACCUGGGCCAGCAGUGGAAGAAGGGCGUUCCCAUCGAGGUGAUCCCCAUGGCGUACGUUCCCGUGUCCCGGAUCAUCGCCAAACGCUUCGGAGGCGAGGCCAACUUACGGAUGGCCGUCAGUAAAGCGGGUCCUGUGGUCACUGACAACAGCAACUUCAUCCUGGACUGGAAGUUUGAGCACGCUCAGAACUGGAAGGAAGUCAACACGGCGCUCAAGAUGAUCCCAGGUGUGGUGGAGACGGGGCUCUUCGUCGGCAUGGCUGAGCGAGCCUACUUCGGGAUGGAGGACGGGAGCGUGAAGGUUCGGGAUCCUCCUGUGAAAUGA